GGUAACCAGUGCAGUGGCGAGUGGGUCGGGUUACAACGUGCGCACUGACUGGUGAUCUUGCAGAGAUAGUAGGCUGUUAGACACUGCAGGACCGCUUUGAAGACCUGAUCAGAUGGCAUAGCCGAACAACACGGCAAAUGAAUAGAGCUCCCUUUGAAAUCGGACAUAAAUUAUUGAUUAAUCAAAAUCUACAUAAUGUCUCAUAUUGUCACUUUGAUAUAGACACUCAUCUGAGGAUAGCAAGGCAGUACAGAAGGAGAGGGCAGCUGCAACUUGCUCGAGGCGACCCUCUGUCCAAAAGUUAGGUUAGGAUUUCGACUCCAAAACUGUUAUAUUUUCAUCUUUCUUCUCAUGAAUAUUGGAAUUUCGUGACGGAUAAAAAGCGAAUAAACACGUAUAACAAACAUGGAAGAAGAUCAGAAAUGGGGAGCUGCUGAUAAAUCUAAAGUGGGGAGGACUUGCAACGAGUUCUACCCUUGUAAAAAGCCCUUUUGGAGGAAUUGUAAAGACCUGUCUGCUAUAACUGUGUGCAUCGCUUUAUCGGUGUUGUCUUUUGGAGUUUGCUUACUGGUUUUCCUUCGGACCUCGGAUCUGCAUUCCCGGAUACUAAAUCUGGAAAAGCAGAGAGAAACACAGGUCUCCGCGUGGAUCUCUCUCGAGCAGGUGGAACCCGUUAUCUUGGGACGCCUCGAUCAGAUUUUGGAAGAGAAACUAGCUGCUCGGCUUCCCAAGACACGAGAGGCCAGGGACGCGACCCAGAGCUGUGUGUGUCCACCAGGGCCUCCUGGCUCGAGGGGAAAGAGAGGUCGUGAAGGGGAUCCAGUAAGGAAGGUGAGGCCCCCAAAGGCUACAGAUGCCCCUAGGGACAAACUUGCUCUCCUCUCCCUAUUCAUCCAACAACGUUUGGCCAAAUGGAAGCCACAUGAGGACUACCGUGUAAUUCCAAUGAGGGGUUUCUUCCGGCGGGAGGACACCCCUGACCCUGCAGACAGACCCUGA